UUCUUCACCCAACGCCACCGGAUACCCAUCGACCAUGGUCGCAAAAAUCUACGACCCCGUUUAUUUCGACUCCGAAGAGGCAGAGUACUUCGAUCCCUUCAUCUUGCUCGAUCUAUACGUCUCGCGGGAGACACACGCAUACCAACAUCUCAAGAGUCUUUACAGCAUAAAGGUUCCGCAUUUCUACGGGCACUUCAUAGCUCCCCUACCCGCUCAGCGCAACAGAACCGUCAACGUCAUCUUGUUGGAGUACAUCCAAGGCAGGGACAUCCGGGACCUCGUUCCUCGGGAAAAAUCAGGGGCACUGUGUAGCACGCACAAGGACGCCCUGAUCGACGCCGCCCUCCGGCUUUAUUUCGACAUUUACGCAUUGGGGGUCGAACAGGUAGAUAUGCAACCUAGGAACAUGAUAUUACGU